AUGCUUAAUGAGGCAAAGGUACUUAAGCAAAAAGCAUCUGAUCAAAUUGAAAAUCAUAGACGACAGUUCAUCAUAGCCUUGACAUUUGGAUCGUCAGAUGAGAUAAGGGGGUGCCUUUGGAUGGCAACUUGUGAACCACAAUCUGCAAACCAGAAUAUCACUGCAUAUGGCAUCCUGAUUUUUGUAAGUGGUCUUGUUACACUUUGUGGUGGUUUAAUGCUCCUUCUUCUCUUUAUUUACAACUGUUCCGAUCAAGUUCUCAGUACUAGAGAGAAAAGAGAAGCAAAAUCCAGGGAAGCAGCUGCGAGAAGUGCUAGGGAAACAGCUCAGGCACGUGAAAGAUGGAAAUCCGCAAAAGAUAAUGCUCGGAAGCAUGCAAGUGGGCUGCAGGCCCAGUUAUCUAGAACGUUCUCUCGUAAAAAAUCUGUGAGGCAGGGUCAAUCUAAAGCUGGAAUGAGUGGUGCCUUGCCACCUAUGCCUAUGAGUGCAUCUCAGCCAAAAGGAAACAACCUUACAAAAAUGGUGCGUGAGCUUGCAGAUGAUCCUGAGAAUCAUGAGGGCUUCAAUCUGGAGAUUGGAGAUAAAAAUUUGAAAAAGAAUAUGCCAAAGGCUAAGCAAUUGCAAACUCGCAGCCAAAUUUUCAAGUAUGCAUAUGGUCAAAUUGAGAAGGAAAAAGCUCUGCAAGAGCAGAACAAGAAUUUGACUUUCUCUGGGGUAAUUUCCAUGGCUGCUGAUAUGGAAAUCAGGAACAGGCCUCCGAUUGAGGUUGCUUUUAAAGAUUUAACGCUCACAUUGAAAGGCAAAAAUAAGCAUCUGUUGAGAUGUGUAACAGGGAAGAUUGUGCCUGGCCAUGUUUCUGCUGUCAUGGGUCCAUCUGGGGCAGGGAAAACAACAUUUCUUUCUGCUUUGGCCGGAAAAGCAACAGGGUGCACCAAGAGUGGUUCGAUUCUUAUAAAUGGGAAGGUUGAAUCAAUACAAUCUUACAAGAAAAUUAUUGGGUUUGUUCCCCAAGAUGAUAUAGUGCAUGGAAACUUAACAGUGGAGGAGAAUCUCUGGUUCAGUGCUAGGUGCAGAUUACCAGCUGAUCUGGCAAAACCAGACAAGGUUCUAGUUGUAGAAAGAGUCAUUGAGGCCCUGGGAUUGCAGCCUGUGAGAGAUUCUCUUGUUGGAACAGUGGAAAAGCGAGGAAUCUCUGGUGGCCAGAGGAAGCGAGUAAAUGUUGGGCUGGAAAUGGUUAUGGAACCUUCUCUAUUGAUCUUAGAUGAGCCCACUUCUGGUUUGGACAGUUCUUCAUCUCAAUUACUAUUAAGAGCACUCCGCCGUGAAGCUCUUGAAGGAGUUAACAUUUGCAUGGUGGUUCACCAACCAAGGUAA